AUGGCGGUACAAUACAAAGAGACAUUUGAAAACGGAACGCCAUUAAUAUCCUUGCGCGUACGCAGGGCUGAUUCCAAAUUCAAAUAUAGCACGGAAAGGCGCCGGAAAUGGGCUCGGCCGGAUGUCGGCGUUUGCUUCCUGUCGUUCUUCGUUUUGAUUGUCGGUUGCCAUGGUUACCAAGAACAGAGAUUUGCCAUGGAACCACAAGAUCAGAGUGCCAUAGUCGGUUCGCGAGUGACUCUGCCAUGCCGUGUGGAGAACAAAGUGGGGCAUCUACAAUGGACCAAGGACGACUUCGGGCUAGGGACCAACCGCAACCUGAGCGGAUACGAACGGUACUCCAUGAUUGGGAGCGACGAAGAAGGAGACUACUCUCUAGAUAUCAGGGAUGUCAGUCUAGAAGAUGACGGAUUAUAUCAGUGCCAAGUUAGCUCCGGGCUAAACAAUGAGCCAGCGAUUCGCUCCCGCUACGCUCAGCUAACAGUUCUGGUCGCUCCUGAAGCACCCAGGAUAUUAAGAGGAGCCUUCAUAGAUGCGACUGAAGACCAGCCAGUGGAGAUCGAGUGUGUUUCUUCAGGAGGAAAGCCUGCUGCUGAGAUCACAUGGCUGGAUGGAAACCAGCAAGUAAUUAAGAAGCCAGUCAAAAGUACAGUCGAAUUGUUACCUGACGGCCAGCGGUAUAUUACAAGGUCGGUUUUGCGGUUAACCCCAACGAAGGGUCACCACAAUCAAACUAUUACGUGUCAAGCACAGAACACAGCAGACAGAGCUCCUAGGAUGGCCACUGUGCAUAUAGAGGUCAAAUACAUACCAAAAGUGAACAUAUCAAUCAGCUCCGGAGCUAAUAGGGGCAAGAUACCUGAAGGGUCGGAGCUGAGGGUCCGGUGUGAUGUGGAUGCAAACCCUCCGGCUCAGUUCUACCGGUGGUACAUCAACAAUAACCCUGUGAUAGGCGAUUAUGCUGAUGAGAUGAUCAUCUUCAAUGUGACUCGAAAACACCACAAAGCACAAGUCAGGUGUGAAGUCAGCAAUUCGGUUGGGAAAAGUGAUGGGAAUAUCACCCUAGAAGUUACCUACCCACCAACCUUCAGAACGAGGCCACAGAACGUGGAGACUGACAUUGGAUCCAGUGUGGUACUGAGCUGCGAUGUGGAUGGCCAGCCCCAGCCGGAGAUCAGGUGGCUGUUCCACGAACCUGGACGGAUAGGGCAGGUCAAAGGAAAGGCUCCCAACUUGAAGGUCUACGUGAAUGCGGAGACAGCUGGACGGUACAUCUGCAAGGUCAUUGAGGAAGGGUACCCUGAGAUUGAGAGUGAAGCUACCAUCUUCAUUAAGAGUGCUCCAAACAUCCUAUCAAACCGAACUCAGUUUGGUAUGGAAGGAGAAAGUGUGAGGAUAGAAUGUGCUGCACGAUCAGUACCUAAGCCUGAUGAUAUCAGGUGGUACUUCGAGGGACGGGAGAUCAGUGUCAUCCAGGAUCCGGACUACGCGACCUUAGAAGAGACCUUACCAGAUGGUGUGAUUAAGUCCAGCCUGGUGAUCAGAGCCAGUCAGUCCAGACACUAUGGGCAGUACAACUGCAGCGUGACUAAUGAGUAUGGGAACGCCAAUGCUGCUAUCAUGCUAAAGCCUUUGAAAACCCUACCACUAUACAUAAUCCUGAUCGGCGUGACAUCUGGCAUCGUAAUAUUCUCUGCCUUCAUCAUUCUGGUCGUGGUCUGCCAUCGCAGGAGACGGAAGAAGGGCCAGAUGAAUGAGAAACCAGAUGUGACUGUAACAACUGGAGAUGUUUAUAAUAAGGAGAGUGAUAGGAGCUCUAAUAUCAGUGAUCUUAAGCUGCAGCUGCCUCAAAGUGAUGGGAGCUAUGAAUUGGACUACACAAGCUCCGAUCGUUCAGACAGCAAGCUGCAUGCAGGUCUACCGUUAGCUGGACCUGUGCCUCUCCCCAACCUUCGACAUGAUGAUCCUCUGAUGCAGUUCCGAUAUAGCAACGAUUACUCCGAUCCAACGUAUAGUGAUCCUUAUUUUAAGAGCCCCGCGGGGUACGUGUACGACUACCCACAAGGGUACGCCCCUCCCCCCCACCUCCGCGUACAGUCACCCCCCCUCGAGCCUCCUAGUAGAUCAUUACAAGGUUCAUUGACGCGCAGCAUCGACACGGCGUCAACGCUUCCAUUGUCAACCGGCAAUGGUUCGCAAAAUAACACGUUACAACGAACGACCAAGUCUUCAGAUGAAACGGACGCAAUUAAUAGUCUGGGACUUCCAGUCGGUGACGCGUCCCCGACACCAAUAUACGCCCAGCCGAACACAAAACCUCAACCUAAUGUUGAUUUGAGGUACUCUGCUACGUAUGGGAACCCGUAUUUAAGAAAUAGCAAUAUGGGUUACAGCAGCCAAGUGCACACAGCAAAGCCAGCGUCUACGCCAGCACCGCCGCCCUACUCCGCAGUUAGAAACUCUGCCAUUAUGCCUACAGGUAAUGGCAGUCAGCCGGCUCAAGGCACCCAUGUAUAG